UUGCUGUUUUGCUUUCGCAUUUAUUUUAUUGCAAAGUUUCUUUGGCUUUGGCAAGGAAAAGGCAAAGUUUAAGAAGGUGUAUACACAAAAUAUAAAAUUUAAAUUAAUUAAAUUUCUUAUUGUAAAAGUGUCAACCAAUUCAAUAUUUCAUUUCGUCGAAUGUAAAAAACGAAAAACAAUUCAACCUCUCAGUGAGUUUUGACUUUUGUGAAGUUUUGAAAAUUUUGCCGCGAUAAUUUUUCGCUAUUAAAAAGCAAACUGUCUGUCUGACAUUUAUAAAAGCUAUAGACUUGGCUUCCAUCAAAAAAAUCGUUAAAAGGACAGAAAAACAAAAACAGGAAAUAUGUUUAAACAAUAAAAAGUGAUUACGCGCGCUAAAAAAAAAGAUGAAAAAGUACUGAAAUAAUUUCUUUUGGUGAAGAGAACGUGGAAAUUUCUAGUUUUAUUCGAUAUAAGAAUUGCUCGGGUUUUAUUAUUUUUUGCUGCCACUAUCCUCAAAUAUUUUUCAUCAUCCAGAGGUAAGGAUUGGAAAACACAAGGAAACUUAAUAAGAGGACUUGAAGGAAAAAGUUUUAACAAAAUGAUCUCUCCCGAUACGCUCCACCAUGAGGAGGUCAACUCUGACCUCGACCGACAAAUUCGUCAAGACAUCCACGACAUGGCCCAGGAAGCUCAGAUCCAAGCUCAAAUAAUCCAGCACGAAGCUCGCGAACGCUUCCAAUCAACAUCAAGUGCAGAUGAAUCAGUUUCCGAUCAUGAUGGCAAUCAUCAGGACAUGCAUGAAAUGAGUGACAUGCAAGAUAUAAAAGAUAUCAAAGACAUAAAAGAUAUACUUGAUUCUGGCGAUGGCAAUAAUAUGGACACAUCUUCUAUACGCAAACGCCGCGGCAAUUUACCAAAACAUUCAGUUAAAAUACUAAAACGCUGGCUCUAUGAACAUCGAUACAAUGCGUAUCCAAGUGAUGCUGAAAAGCUUACUCUUUCACAAGAAGCUAAUCUGACAGUUUUACAAGUAUGUAAUUGGUUUAUAAAUGCCAGAAGGAGAAUCUUGCCAGAAAUGAUUCGCCGUGAAGGCAACGAUCCUCUACACUAUACCAUCUCCAGACGAGGCAAAAAACUCAAUUAUUCAUCAAUGAGCACAUCGAGUUUGAACACAUCUGCAAAUAAUGCUCCAAAUCCAAUCACUGGUAGUCCCGCUUCAGAAGUUAUUGUUGGAGCAACCGAAGAAGUGGAAGGAGAAGAAGUUCAUGAUGGAGUUGCCAAUGUUCUAACUGCAUUAGGUCAUCACUUUGUUCAAACACCAGGCGGUCAAGUUGUCAAAGUUGAACCAGAAAUGGAGUACGAUGACAGUGUUAUAUACAGAUCUGAAGAUGACAGUGUAAAUGAAUAUGAAUCGUGUUCACCAAGCGAAGAAGAUACAUCUAAAUUUGAAAACUCUGAUGCAUGGCAAGGUGUAAUAAGUACCGAAGAAGUGACAACAAGUCCAUCCAAUGCUGCCUACUGGAGUGCGCCACAUCCGCAUUUGGCCCAUUUACCACAAAUACCCCAUCCGUUAAGUGGCAAUACAACAACAACCACACCAGUUGAUACAAAAAUUUCAGUUCCUAUUGGAUUGUCAAGAGGAGGUGGCAGUACGAAUCCACAAAUUGUUGUGCAAUCAGCAAAUGAAUCUAACACAUCAGCAAAUCACGUGAUACACACUUCAUCAAAUUCAAUUGUUGAAGUUGCAGCUACGACGGUAGGAGCUGAAGCAACUGUUGUCACUUCAUCUACGGCGAUAACACAUAAUAAUACGUCAAUUAAUAAUAAUAUCAGCAGCAACAAUAACAAUACAAAUACAAAUAAUAAUAAUACGUUGUCAUCGUCGGCGCAAAGUGUAAUGAUGCCAAGUAGUCAUAUGGUGAAAGGUGUUAUCCGAGAUGACAAGGAUAAAUUCAAGUGUUUGUACCUUCUUGUUGAAACCGCUGUAGCUGUCCGCCAACGUGAACAGGAACAAGAGGACGUUCAUGUGCUGGGUAAUUGAAAUUUAAAGAAAAUUAUCCUUCGAAAAGUUAAUAAUAAAUUUAAAAAAAUACACAAAAAAUAUAAAAAAAACUUACCUUACCAAUCCAAAAUAUUUUGAAAAAAGAAAAAACACAAAAGCCAACAAAAUAUAAUUUAAUAGAUAGUUUUAAUUCUUAGUUUUUUUAUCUCUUUUGUUUGUUCAUUUAAUAUCAUUGCCAUUUAAAAUAUUUAUAUCCAUUUGUAUUUAUCAUCAUUAUCAUCUUUUUCAUUCUCUAUUCCCUAAACAAAAAAAAACUUUGAUUUCUUAUUUAUUUUAUUUAUUUUUUUUUCUCUCUUUCUUUAUUGGAACCCAGAUUAUGUUCAAACAUAAACAAAACGAAAAUGCAUCUUAAACAAAAACAAACAAAAAACACACAACAAAACCAUUAACAAACAAAACACUAUUCAUCAAUUAAUCCUCCGAAGAAUACAUUUUACCAAACAUCCUAUUCGUUCAACUUACAACAACAAAUCUUCAGUUUCAUCAGUUGAUUUUUUAAAAAUUCUUUUGAUUGACAAAAAUGUAUAAACAUCAUAAAUAAAAAUAAAACAAAAAAAAGCGUGCGAGUCGGAUUCCAUCCAUCCAAAACAUAACCAACCCAAGCGUAAAGACACUAUACCACGGGAAAGAGAUAAAAGAGGUGAUAUGAUUAUGAAGAGGAUUCAAUAUAAUAUAUUUUAAAAAAAAUAGUAAAAACAAACAAAUGUUAAAAAACCAUUGAGUGAGAUAAUUUGCAAAUAACAAAGUUGAAAGUAAAAACUUAAAACAAAACAGAAAUACAUAUAUUUUAUUUUUUAAAUAAUUUUCUUUUUAUUAACAAAAAUACAUCAUAACAAAUAUAUAUAAAAUUUAUGUUCAUACAUAUUAAUUUUAUAAUUUAUCUAAAAAAUUAAAUAUAUUUUAUUAUACCACAAAUACAAAUACAAACACAAAGGAAAACUUAAAUUCCUUUUUUUUCAUUCUUUCAACAAAAUAGAAGUAAUUAAAACAGAUUGAUCUUUUAUUAAAUUUAAAUUCAAAUUCACAAAUAACAAAUUUAAAAAUAGUAUAUUUGUACAUACAAUUACUAUGUAUAGUAAAUAAAAUGGAUCAAAAUAAAAAAGAAUACAAGAAAAACAUAUAAUCAUACAAAAUUAGCCAGAGAGACAUAAAACAAACAAAAUAAAGUCCUUUUUAUAUUUAGAGAAAUAAAAUUACUUGUUGUGUAUAGAAUAGAUAGAAAAAGAAAAACAGUAAAUGGUGUAGAUGCAUCCAAAACAUAUUCCAGAACCAGUUUCAUAAAACAUAAUAAAUGUCAAUUUCUACAAGAAGAUGUUCUUGUUUAAACCACUACCCUUGUUAUAUGUUUAGGUCUAGGAAAAUGUGAAUGUUUAAGAAUGUGAAUACUUUCUUCAAAUUAUCUCCUUAACUCCUUUCUCUUUAUGAAACUUAAAAUUCGUCUUUAAUUUGUUUUGUUUAUGUUCGGUUAAUAACAAAAAUUUAAACUCCACAGAAUUAACAUUAAACAUAAACAUAAACAAUCGAAUCUAUUCCUUUUUUUUAUACCUUGAAUAAUGCUUAAAGGAACAAACUUCUACUGACUACGAUUUUGAUUAUCAAAUUCGAAUUUAAACAAUUUAAGGUUGACAAAUCGAUUCAAGCUAAGACCUCACAAAUAGAUAUUGGGGCAGGUUCAGACAACACAAGGGACUUCAUUUGCAGUCAACUGCGUUCUUUUGACGUAAGUUCAGACCAAGGCAACAAUUCAGUUUUGCAAGUGUCAUAAACUUCAAACUCGGAACUUUACUUCACCAACCUCUAUCUUAAAAAACUACGAAAAAACUUUAUUGUCUACAAAAUACCUCUCAGGCAUGCUAAAAUUCCAUUUGACUUGAAUUUUAUGUAUUUUUAGAAAAUAUUACUUAUUCCUUUUUCAAUUUGACAAAGAACAAUUUUAAAACAUCAAAUAGAAUUGUGCAGAAAAUAAAUAAAUCACAAAGUAAUAAAGUUCAGCUCUGAGUUGAAAAAAAAACUAUGAUUUAUCUGUCAUGUUGACACAAGUAUAAAGUUCAGCUCUGAGUUAAAAAAUGAUUAGUCGUCAUUUUGACACAAGUAAUAAAGUUUAGCUCUGAAAAUAAAAUCUAUGUUUAGCUGUCAUAUUGACACAAGUGGAAGGUAUAUUUUUCUUGACUAACUUUCCAGUCAACUUUCCAAUAAAGUUGGCUUAUUGGAAAGUAAUUUUUUGGCAGCUGCCCAAUUAGAUGCUAAAAACUUGCCUUACUUUUAAGUCCCUAAUGUCGCCUGAACCUGCCAAUUAUUCUGCCUUUAUCCAAAGGUCCCUUAAGAGGAACUUCCUUCUACGAAUGGCAACAAAAAAUUCUAAUUGCUUUCAUCCAAACAAAUAGAAAUUGUCGGGUUCAUAAAAAAUGGUCUCCAAUUAGGCAAUAUUUUAGUUAUGACUGAAGCUUCUAUACUUUUUUGCCAGUCGUAGUUGGAAUUUUCCAAAGCACGGAGCCUGUUAUAAGUCUAAUUAUAUGAGACGAAGAAUUAAUUGAAAUAUAAAAACUCAAUCUGGCCAUUUUCUAUUUAUGGCGUAAAGAGAUUUGCAUGUUACCAAAAACACGUCUUAGACAAUUGGAGUAUUUCCUUAUUCGUUUUAAUUAAACUAAUGGAAAUUAUACAGGUCUAGGAGAUACCUUUAGCCUUCCAUAGGUCAAUAUUUUUUUGACUUAAAACUAAUUUUUGUAAAGUGGAUUCUUCAUAAGUUGUGAAUGACAAAAACGGGUAUAAACUUUAUCUUGGAUAUGAACAGUUCAGGAGGAUCAAUUUUGCUUUAUUUCUCGCAUUAACUCCCAAAACCAACACCAUUUGGAAACUAUGUUUAACUUUUUUAUUUAUUUAUAAAAACACAACUUAAUUUUGCAUCUUUUUUAACUACGUUUUUUUUUUCAAUUUUGGUUUAACAAAACUUUCAUUUCAGAAAAAUUCAAAUUCAGAACAUAAUUUCAAAAAUAACAAAACUUAACUUUCAAUUUACUUUUAUCCGACACAAAUCAAGAACUUUUGUCAAGCGUACUCAAGAAAAUACUGGACAAUUUUGUUUUAUUCUUUCUUUUAUUUUUUUUUUCAAUUAAUUCUUACUUAAUGUACAUUUUAAAUUUUGUUUUCUUUUUAUUAAUAAUUCUUUUUGUAUAAAAUAAUUUUAUUAUCAUAUUUUAAUUAUGAUUCCUUCACUAUUUUUCAUCUUCUUCAUAUGUUUUCUAUAAUAUAAUUAGUUUUAGUCCAUUUAUUAUAAAUAUAUUAAAUAUCUUAAUAACUUACUGUCAAAUGGAAUAUGAGUAUGUGUAUGCAUAUAGAAAAUAAUAAUAAAUAAACACAAAAAAGAAACAAUCUAAUGAAAAUUUAAAAUAAAUACAAAAAUAUAUAUAUAAAAACAAAAUUCAUUUAUUUUAUUUUUUGUAAAUAGUACUUCUAAUAAAAAACAAUUAUUAUCUUAAGCAAAGUCAAAUGAAUAAACAAAGAUAUAUAUAUUUAAACAUAUAUAUAUGAUAUAUUAAUGUUAGAGAAGCAGUAAAAAAAUAUGUAAUAUUAAAUAAACAAAUCAACAAUCUAUUACAAAUGUAAUUUUAUUAUUUUCUAGUAAUAAUAUCGAAAUUUUAGACAAAAAUAACGACUUUUUAUGAAAUAACAACAAAAAAAACAACAAAUAUUUGAAAACCAGAGCCAUUGUCAGUUCGUAAACGCGACUUUAUUAACAUCUCUCGAAUGUUUUAUUAUAAUAAUAAUUAUUUUUUUUUUUAAAUAAAAAAAAAAUCACAAAUUACUAUAUAAAUAUUAUAAAUAUGUUUUUGUUCUGUUUUAAUUUUAGUCAAUAAAUUUUUGCAUAACUAGUUUAAAACUAAAAAAAAUGGUAAAUGAUUUUAAAAAAAAUACCUACAACAAAAAAGAUGAAACACAAAACAAACAAAAUAUUUAACAAAAAAAAAAACAAUUGUAUGUCUCCCAAAAUGUGUUUUAUAGUGAAAAAAAAUCGAAAGAAAUAAAAAAAGCGAAUAAAAGUUAGAAAAAAUAUCUA